UCGAAUUAUAGUAAAUUGUUUCUGCUGUUGAAAGUAGUUCUAUCCCGGCAUAAGUGACCAAAAAUGAAUCCAUUGAAGACUUUCUGCUUAGUAGCUUGCCUGUUGGCAGCUGCUUUCGCUUCACCAGAUCCAAAGCAACGCUCAAAUUCUGGAGAAAAUAACUUGAAGCCAACCCAAUGGUUAUCGACAUCAGAAUUAGAACAAAUUCCUUCAGUGGAUCAAAUCACCCUACAACGUUUGGAAAAUAUGCCGGUUCAGGAAGGCGCUAAAUUGAUCGAGCAAUUGUAUCAUUUGUCACAAAUCGGCAACGAAUUGCAAGCCAGCUUUGUACCCAGUCCUAGCAAUAUUCCUGCUUACAUUGUUAAACCCAAUGGCCAAAAUGUUAAUGCCAAUUUGAACACACUCGUCGAUAUCGUUAAACAACAACAGAACUUUGGCGAACAGGAAGUCACCAUUUUCAUCACCGGUUUACCAGAAACUUCCCAACCUGUUGCCAAGGCUACAAGAAAAUUGGUUCAAGCUUACAUGCAACGCUACAGCAAACAACAACGUCAACCAAACAAAGAAUACGAUUACGAUAGCAAACAACGCACUUCCAGCGAAGAGGACUACAACGAAGCAUGGAAAUCACAGAAAUCUGUCAGCGGAGACCUCAUUGUAAUUGAUUUGGGCGCUACCCUCAACAGCUUGAAACGUUUCGCAAUGCUCGAUGUUGAACAAACCGGUGAAAUGGUCGGCAAAGUCUUAGUUAAAUUGACAAACCAAGCUAACAUUCCACGUGAAAUCAUCCAUAUUGUAUCCCAAGGUAUUGCUGCUCAUGUUGCCGGUGUUGCUGGUCGCGAAUAUACUCGUUUAACUGGUAAUCAAUUGCGUCGUAUUACCGCUUUGGACCCCUCAAAGGUUUUCGCCAGAGAUCCAAAAACUUUAACUGGCUUAGCUCGCGGUGAUGCUCAAUUAGUUGAUGCCAUACACACUUCAGCUUACGGUAUGGGUACUCGUCUACGUGUUGGCAAUGUUGAUUUCUUCCCCAAUGGACCAUCUGCUGCCGUUCCUGGUGCCACUAAUGUAAUUGAAGCAGCUAUGCGCGCUACACGCUACUUCACUGAAUCUGUUCGCCCAGGAAAUGAACGUAACUUCCCAGCCGUUGCUGCCAGCUCACUCAAGAAUUACCAAAACAACAACGGACAUGGCAAACGCGGUUAUAUGGGUAUCGCCACCGACUUCGACUUAGAAGGUGAUUACAUGCUGCAAGUGAACUCACACAGCCCAUUCGGCAAAAGCGCUCCAGCACAGAAACAAAAUACCUAUCACGGUGUUCACCAAGCAUGGAAAAACGCACGCAAUCAGGAUUACGAAUAAACUCUUCUCAACCAAAAUUCGAAAAUGUUAAAAAUGUAAUGAGUAGUUUAUAGUUAAUAUGAAAACUUCAGUGUUUAGUCUAAAUAAAUGUAUGCAUUUCUUUUAAAAAGAA